AUGGCAGCGUACAAGAAUGGACCCCACAUAAAGAGGGUUGUGAAGGCAGCGCCAUUCCCCAUGGCGGCGAGCAGGGACGGCAGGUCAGUGGUUCUUCUUCCUACUCUGAUACCGGGAAGUCCACGGAUAGGAAGGUUUGGGGCGGAGACCGUUAAAUGA